AUGGCACCAAAACGAACUGCAACAACAACAACGAUUUCCGAACCAUCAGCAACUUUAGCUGAAUCAUCCAGUGGUUUUGCAUUUGAAGUAAGACUUGUUGAAUCACCACGACAUAAUGGAACAAUUCAUCCACCAAUACAUUUUCUUUCACUAAGUGCAAAAGGAAAUCAAAAUCAAUUAACAACACCGUUAACACCAGAAACUAAUGUUCAACAAAAUUUAGCUAAACUUGAAGAAGAUCGACAAGUAUUACAAGAAAAAAGUGUUCAGAAAUUAAAUACAGCUGAAAUAGAUUUGGCACUUCUAUUCAAAUUAGUUAGUCGAGUACCAAAUGCAACCGAUAAAUUGAAAGAAAUUGUUGAAGUUCACAUUCAUCAAAUGGGUAUUGAUGCUAUCGAACGAAUUAGUGACAGUGCACUUAAUAAUCCAAAACUAUAUGUUGAAACAAUUCUGAAUAUUCAUACGAAAUUCUUGAAACUUGUAAAAGAAGCUUUUAAUAGUGAACAAGAUUUUACUACUGCUCUUGAUAAAGCUUGUGCUAAAUUUAUUAAUAAUAAUGCAGUAACAAUAACAGCUGGUAAUACAACAAAAUCACCUGAAUUAUUAGUUCAAUAUUGUAAUACACUUCUACGAAAAGGUGGUAGAAGACACAGAUCUCGAAGAAGAAUUCAAUCAAAUUAUGUGAUUUUUAAUUAUAUUGAAAAUAAAGAUGUAUUUCUAAAAUUUUAUCGUAAAAUGUUUGCCAAACGUUUGGUAGGUCAAUUAUGUGCAUCUGAUGAUUAUGAAGAAUUAAUGAUGUCAAAAUUAAAAUUAGCAUGUGGUUUUGAUUAUACAUUAGAAUUACAACAAAUGUUUCAAGAUAUUUGUAUUAGUAAAACUUUAACUGAUCAGUAUCGAACAUAUUGUGGAAGAAAUCAUAUUCAUGAUAUUGUAAUGGUUCUCAAGUCAAAUUCAUGA